AUGGGCCAAAAACGCCGUCGACGUACCUUUGCCUGCGUUGCUUGUCGGCGCCGCAAGGUCAAAUGUGACCAAAAUAAUCCAACUUGCGCUCGUUGUCAAAGGGGCGGUGUCGACUGUCGGUAUGAGUGUUACACUGCUACAAACAGCUUUCCUACGACGUCAGCUCAAGACGCUCAUCCUCACAGAGAGCCUUCAGAAAGCCUUUGGAGCGAAGCAACCAAUCUUGCGCAUGCCCAGGACGGGACUGCUAGGGCUUCUAGCUCAUAUUCAAGGUUAACAAAAUAUGAGGAAUCAAUUCAAGUAUUACAGGAAAGUGUGUCUGAGUUGAGGAAUCUAAUGACCAAGUCUGCUCAGACACACCCAAUAUCAUUAGCAGCGUCAUCCGACUGUUCCAUCCACGUCAAAAAGCCGCCCCAAGCCAACAAUCAGGCGUUGCUCCGAGGCAAUGACUUCGAAACAACUUACUUCGGCGCAAGUUAUAGUGCCAUAGUGUUGCUAGAAUUCGAGCAGCUCUCUGCCUUUGUUAAAAUAAUCCUGCAACGACUAAAGCAGUUAACAGAAGUCAAGGAUAAUUGGAAGCGGCAAAGGCAACAGGUUAAGCCUCCCCUAGCUUUUCCGGACCACAACACUUUAUUAUCGUUGAUUCCGCAGCAAAGUGCCACUGAUAAGCUGGCGCAAGUGUAUUUCGAAGUCAUAGAAAACACUUAUCGAGUACUACACGCUCCAACCUUUUUUCAAGAAUACAAGAGGUUCUUGUCGUCGCCACAGGAUGCAUCGGCUGUAUUUCUAGUUCAACUCCUGUUGACAUGUGCUAUAUCCAAUCUUUUGACAACCGACGCGACCUCUUACGUCGGUUGCAGCUCUCUUCAACGCGACACUUCGACGAAAUGGGUUGAGAUCUGUGAGGCGUGGCUGAAUAUUCAGAGCCAGAAGCACAUGACGCUGAAGGUGUUUCAAGUCCAGGUGCUCAUACUCAUCGCAAAAAGAGUAAAUUGCAUCAAGGUGAAGCGCAACUGGACUGUUGCCGGUCAUAUGCUGAAGCUUGCUAUGUCCGCCGGCCUACACCGGGAGCCCAGUAACCUGAACAAAAGCAUGUCGGUGUUUGACCAAGAAAUGCGACGAAGAUUGUGGUUUACUAUUGUAGAGCUGGAGGUCCAAGCCAUACCAGGCGUUGCUCUGCAGAUCCAGUAA